AUGGCGCCUACGAAAAAGCGAGCGGGUGAAUUUCUCUCUCUGGCAGACAAGAAACGGCCAGCAAUAGCCAGUUCAGCCCGACCGCCCUCGACAGCAAGAAAGGGGCCAGUCCGCACAGUCACUCUCUCCUCGUUCUUCUCUGCGAAGACAAACACCUCUGGGAAGGAGCAAGUUUACGGCACGAAACCCAUGACCGGCGCUUCUGCGUGCCAGCUUGCAACCACCGCCUCUAGUGGUGACUUGCAGCGAGAGCAGCUUUCAGCAGAAACUCGCCAAGAGGAACAAAUUGGGGAGGGGGAGAAAAGUGUGGAUUCUGCCUCGUUGGUGAAGGUGCCCACGGGGACGCUCUUGGUUGAUCCAGAUGGAGAGAUGAGGGAACCUUCAGAAGCAGCAGCUCUUUGGCGCCAAACGCUCGGCGAUUGCUGGUUUGAUGCUUUGAAGGAGGAACUGCGGCUGCCGUACUUCCGUGACUGCAUGCAGUUCAUCCGUCGAGAACGGCAAAAAUAUCGAGUGUAUCCUCCGCCCCAUCUGGUUUUCAACGCCUUCAAACAAACCCCACUCAACGCCGUUAAGGUCGUCGUCGUCGGACAGGAUCCGUAUCAUCAACCGAGACAAGCCAUGCUGAUGGAUCCACAUACGAACAGAAUCUCUUCCUUUGUCCACGGGGAUCUAACAGCGUGGGCUUCACAGGGCGUGUUCCUUCUUAAUUCUCUGCUCACCGUUCGAGAAAGUACCCCGAUGUCUCAUCGGACUGCGGCAAGCCAGCUCAGAAAAAGUCAGCAGGCGUCAGUCGUUCUCGUCACCGCGUCCUGGAAUCGGGACAUCCGUCGCCCCUUUCUGUGCGAUUCUUCCAGGGUGCAACGAGCUGUUGAAAUCUAUGGGAAAGGAAGAGGUCUCUUUCGCACCCUCGCCCUGACACCCGUGUUUGAUAUCAGAUAUCGCGAUAGCAUUUCGCCGCUUACGGCACCUUGGGGAUCGUUUAUUCCUACAGGCUUAUCAGGAGAACAAUUGUUUUUGGUGGAAAUAUGUCAGUCACCGUGGAUAUCGGGUGCUGCCGUUCAAGGGCACCUGCACUUUAGCACGUACAGCGAAAGCCUUUGUAUCCGGUAUAGUUUCAUCGAACACGGAGACAACUCUUGUUCAGGCACGUGGGCCGCUGGAAUAAGAUAG